UAUUUCCCCUUUAAACUGCUUCCACCUGCACAUUUAUUUUAUGAAGGGAAGAAUAAGGCGAGGGAGGACAAAAUAAAGUGUUGCCCUGAUUCGUGUUCUCUGUUCCCACAGUUGCAGAGGUACUGGGACAUUGCUGGCUAUUGGUAAGUAUUUCUGUGACUUUUUCUUUGCUCUUUUUUGUAGCUUCUAUUGUUUUAAUUGCACUGAAUAAGCGCCUAGCAACCACUGCUCUCCUCUUCUCCCCUCCCUCUGCAUGCAUCCGACAUAGCCGCUUCCUCAGACGGAGCGUCAGAAAAUGGGGCUACGAAUUGAGAUAAUUGUCGGAGCUCUCUUUUUGCAGCCACUCCCAGACCUCACUGAAGGAAAGUCUCUGCCCUCUGUCAUGUGACGUCUCAUUGGCACGCAGGACAACAAGGAAAACACGCUCACCCAGCCCGGCUUUUUAACUCAUUAGGUGCUGCGACCCCUCUUCCCACCACUGAAGUCACUUGCAGUUCUCCCAAAAUCCCACGGUUUCGCAGGAGGGUAUUCACUACCUACUCCCUUCAGUAAUUGUUUUUUACAGUCUAUAUGUAUACGCAGGGCGGAAAAGGUUAGGGAUCGUCUCUGCAAAGCUCAGGUAAUUUUAAAACGUAAAGAAAUAGAGACGUAACCAAUCAAUUUUCCGGACCAAGCUUGAGUGACGUCACCGGAUGCGGAAUCGUGAUUAGGAACUGUCAGCUGAUUGCUGGGCAUACGGAAGCCUUAGGGGACCAUUUCUAUAUCCCACAGAAGGCGGUCUGUAUUCUUGGGUGUAUCUUACGUUACGGAUAUGAUAACAUUCACAAACAGCUCAGACAGUGAAGAUGAGGACUGCAAUGAGAGAACGUCUUUGAUCACAUCACAGAGUCCCCCUCUACCGUCAUACCAAGAUGGGCUCCAAACCUCAGGAGAGUUGGAAACAUCUGAUCACAGGGAUACUGAAGAUGUGCCUAAUGGCAGAACAUCUGGUGCAGAUGCAUAUAACAGUGACACUACAGUGGAUAAUGAGGAAGAAGAGUUGACUCUUAAAUAUGGUGCUAGACAUGUUAUCAUGCUGUUUGUCCCAGUCACAUUAUGCAUGGUGGUUGUUGUUGCUACAAUAAAAUCUGUUAGUUUCUACACAGAGAAAGAUGGACAGCUAAUCUACACUCCAUUUUCUGAAGAUACCACAUCGGUUGGCCAGAGACUCUUAAACUCUGUGCUUAAUACUCUUAUAAUGAUCAGUGUUAUAAUAGUGAUGACCAUAUUUCUUGUGCUUCUUUAUAAAUAUCGCUGUUACAAGUUUAUUCAUGGAUGGUUGAUUCUCUCAUCUUUAAUGCUGCUUUUUAUGUUUACAUAUAUAUACCUCAGUGAAGUUUUCAAGACAUACAACAUAGCAAUGGAUUACCCAACCUUGUUCAUGGUUAUAUGGAAUUUUGGGGCAGUAGGAAUGAUUUGCAUUCACUGGAAGGGUCCCCUUCAACUCCAGCAAGCCUAUCUCAUCAUGAUAAGUGCACUUAUGGCUCUUGUCUUUAUAAAGUAUCUGCCAGAAUGGUCAGCAUGGGUCAUACUUGGAGCCAUUUCUGUUUAUGAUCUGCUAGCAGUGCUCUGCCCUAAGGGUCCUUUGAGGAUGCUUGUAGAAACAGCACAAGAAAGAAAUGAGCCCAUAUUUCCUGCACUGAUAUACUCCUCUGCCAUGGUGUGGACAGUGGGAAUGGCAGAUUCCUCUACAGCAGAUGAAAGAAUGAACCAGCAAGUGCAGCAUAUAGAUAGAAACACAUCUGAUGGUGCAAACGGCACACUACAAGAGGACACUGCAGAGACCAGGAUUCAAACACAAAGUAAUCUCUCUUCUGAGGAUCCAGAUGAAGAAAGAGGAGUGAAACUUGGUCUUGGAGACUUCAUAUUCUACAGUGUGCUAGUUGGAAAAGCAGCCGCAACUGCAAGUGGAGACUGGAAUACCACAUUAGCUUGUUUUGUGGCCAUUUUAAUAGGUUUAUGUCUGACACUGUUGUUGCUGGCAGUUUUCAAGAAAGCCCUGCCUGCCCUACCGAUUUCUAUCACCUUUGGUUUGAUCUUCUACUUUUCUACAGAUAAUAUUGUACAGCCUUUCAUGGACACCCUUGCAUCCCACCAAAUGUACAUUUAGGGAAAAUACAUUGUCCUGUUGGAGUGCUUUUGUAAUGCUAUGACUGGGCGUAGAAGUGUAAAUAUAUAUAUAUAUAUAUAUAUAUAUAUAUAUAUAUAUAUAUAUAUAUAUAUAUAUAUAUAUAUAUAUAUAUAUAUAUAUAUAUAUAUAUAUAUAUAUAUAUAUAUAUAUAUGGGAUGUCCAUCAUUUCUCAAAAGCUGGAGGGGUUGUCAUUGUACAGCUGAAAGCCAAAUGUUCAUGUGACUGGAAGAACGGGAAGGCACAUUUUUGAAAAGACAGUAACCAUGGAAUUUUUUUUAAAAUUUUUUUUUUUAAGAUGAGCUGAGAAUUAUGCCCAGGGCAUCCUGUGAUGAUGAUGCUGCAAAUGAAAAGCUACAUUUAUAAUGUGGGUGCAGCAACAACUGUGUGUGUGUGUGAUCAUCAGGAUCUUGGAGCCAUUCCAUAUGUGCAUAAUAUUUUAUUUCUUUUACUUAGCAUUUGUGAUUUAAUUUUGGCUUCUGCUUUCCACCUAGUACAGCGCUUGUGUUUCUUCUCUGUCAGUUAGUGGCAAGAUACUACGAUACCACGUCUCCCUUCCCAAGAGUAAGCUUAAUCUAAAUCAAUGAAUUCCACUUAAUUUUGCAGUGUAUUUAGCCACCAGCAGGUUUCACCAGCCAUAACUAUAUGGUUGAUGCCAAAUACUGUAUGUCUUUCGUAUUUACAUAAAAAGUGAGGCUACUUUUAACCAUUUUUUCUAUCUGGAAAAAAAAAUCAAUAUAUUCUGUCUUUAUCAUGUCUAUAAAUAAAUAAGACCAUGAUCUUAUGUAACCUCUGUUUAAAAAAAAUUCCAUAUGCACUAAUUUUAUCUAUUUUACAGGUUUUAGAGUAUUAAGAAUUAUUAAACUAACCUUGUAAAUACACAAAUGAAUUGUGCUGAUCACUGUACAAGAUCUGAUAAUUAUAUACGGUAUGUGUUUUUGUACAUAUAAUCAAUAAUAUAAAAAAAUAAAUAGUUUCUGCAUAACAGCUAAAAUGGAAA